CGCACCCUUGUUGCAAUGCUCAAUAUGUGUUGCUCUAUCCGCUCCUCACCACUGCAGGGGAGAAUGGCACCGACUCGCCUCUUCUUCGUCGUCCUCGGCACCACAUUUCCUCUACUCUUCUUCUUCUCCCGUGCAGAUGCCGGCGAGGUGGGGGUGAGCUACGGCAGGUUGGGGAGCAACCUGCCGAGCACGGCGUCGGUGCUAAAGCUGCUGAAGCAGAGCGGCAUCACCACGGUGAGGCUGUACGACGCCAACUCAACGGUGCUCGAGGCCCUGGCCAACACCGGCAUCACGGUGAUGGUGAUGCUUCCCAAUGACCACCUCGCCGCCGCGGCCGCGGACCCGUCGAGCGCGCGCCGGUGGGUGCGCCGGAACGUGGCGGCGCACUACCCCGCCACGCGGAUCCACGGCGUGGCCGUGGGGAACGAGGUGUUCGAGGAGGCCAGCAACCUGACGCGGCAGCUGGUCCCGGCCAUGGCCAACGUGCACGCCGCGCUGGUGAGGCUGGGCCUGGAUGGGGCCGUGAAGGUGUCCACGCCGAUCGCGUUCACCGCGCUCCAGGCGUCGUGGCCGCCGUCCGCGGGCAGGUUCCGGGACGACAUCGCGCGGCCGGUGAUGAAGCCCAUGAUCGACUUCCUGGAGCGGACGGGGUCAUACCUCACCAUCAACGCCUACCCGUUCUUCGCGUACGUCGAGCAGCCCGACAAGAUCUCCCUCGACUACGCCCUGGGCAACUCCAAGGCCGGCGUGCGCGACCCCGUCACCGGCCUCGUGUACCACAGCCUCCUCGACGCCCAGCUCGACGCCACGUACUUCGCCAUGGAGAAGCUGGGGUCAUCGGCCAGUCCGCGGCAAGGAAACUCUCUGGGUCUGGGGGGACGACCCCGUGCGCGCGCGUACGUUUCGGAGAGCGGGUGGCCUUCCGGCGGGAGGCGCCGACCCGGGAGGCGUUUGGAGGAGGCUGGGGAUGGGGCUGGAGCCCCGGCGGCGACGAUCGCCAACGCCAAGGCGUACAACAACUACCUCAUCAACCGCGUGCUGUCCGGCGACACGGGCACCCCGUACCGGCCCGACGCCGACAUGGACGUGUACAUCUUCGCCCUCUUCAACGAGAACCAGAAGGGCUGCGGAGCGGACGACAUCGAGCAGCACUUCGGCCUGUUCUACCCGAACCAGACGAAGGUGUACGAGUUCGACUUCCGCGGCGGCGCGCUGCCGAGCUGGUGUGUGGCGAACGCGUCGGCGGGGGACGCGCGGCUGCAGGCGGCGCUGGACUACGCGUGCGGCCACGGCGCGGACUGCGGCGACAUCCACCCCGGCGCGCCGUGCUUCGAGCCCGACACCGUGGCCGCGCACGCCUCGCACGCGUUCAACAGCUACUACCAGCGCAGCGGCCGGGACAGGGCGGCGUGCGACUUCGCCGGCGCCGCCUCCGUCGUCCACCACGCGCCAAAGAUUGGAAACUGCGUGCUGCCGUCGAAGGCUUGGAUUCAAGAAGCAGCAGCGAAGUCUGAAGGAUAUGCUGCGAUCUGAUGUUCCGGUUUCCAGAAAAAGUUCAGUUGAACCUUUACCUUAGAAAACUAGAAAGAUGCAUGUUUACCUCGGCACCUGCGCAUCAGAUGCUUCUGCUUGCUUUUGCGUACUCUUGAUCAGUAUAGCUAGCCGGCAAUACCGCUCA